AUGCCGGCUCCUGAAGUUGUGGAAGAUGGGUCCAUUCCUUUCUGCUGCCUCCAACAUAGGACACUGAAAGCCGUCAUUAAAAUGGAAAACAUAACUAUUCUAACUACUUUGAUCUCUACUUUGAAUGCUCGAGGCCUUUCGUGCUUCGUUACAUCGAUAGGGCUUGGUGGAAGUUGUAGUUCAGGGAUACCUCCACAAACUUUUCUAUUCCCUACCAUUGAUAUUUCGCUUACACUUUUGAAAACUCCUCCUGUUGGUACCUUACCGAACAAGUUAUUUCGUGAACGGUUUGGAUAUCGGAUGCUUUUUAUAGAAGGAAAGCGGAGGGAAUGGUUCCCUCAAAAACAUUUCCUUGCAGACUUAGGUACUCGGGGGGCAUACAAUCACCAAUGGUUUCUGGAAUUUCUCCCAGACAAUUUGGUUUUAGAGAUAUCCAAUGCAUUUAUAUGGUGUGCUUAA